CCUAAAAAUUUUGAGGGUUUGAGUCCAUUUUCUUGAAAUUAUUUUUUAUUUUUGAGUUUCUGUAUCCAAAUUCAAAGUUCUUUCGUUAAUUCUGAAUAAUACUAAAUUCUCCUUUGCAUGAAUUGCUAAAUCUACGAGUUUCAUUUACUUUCUUCCUUUCUACUGAAGAAAGGUUUGUAAAUCUUAAGACCUAAAAGCAAAAAUUGGCAGCUGAGGAUGUCUACGAAGGUGAAAGGCCUUCUAAAAGGCCUUCAUUACAUUUCUCAAAUAUUUGAUGAGGAGAAAGAAAAAGAAAUGCAGAUUGGUUUUCCCACAGAUGUAAAGCAUGUUGCCCAUAUAGGAUGGGAUGGACCAUCAACAGAUAAUCCAAGCUGGAUGAAAGAAUUCAAUGGACCAGGACAAUUUCAGUCAGCUCCUUUGGUUCCUCCAGGAGAUCAUAAAGAGAAUCCUGAAAUAAAAUGGGUUUCUGAAGAUUCAAACCGAAGGUCCAGAAAUGCAAAUUCUGCUUCCGCCGGAGAUCAAUCAGAACAACCACCAAAGUCAUCACGGCGUCAUUCUUCUAAAGAAAACGGUGGCACUGAUUGUCCCAAGAGAGAGUCUUCCAAGUCCCGGCGACACCGUCGGAAAGACUCUACUGACGGUUCCAAACACGGCCGACAAGUCAACCUAGAUUCAGCUGCCGGUUCCGAAUCUCCGGCGAGAGACAUCCCGGACAUCCCUAAAAAGUCACGGCGGAAGAAGUCCAAGGAAUCCGUCCCCGGCGGUUCUGCUGCCGGAUCCCGAUCGUCGAAGUCUAAAGGCACUUCUUCUUCUAGUACAGCACCACCAUCGGAUCACGGGUCGAGACCCGACAAGGGAUCUGAAGCGUCAAUACAGGAUACGAGAAACAGUGAAGGCAUCAUUUCAUAACAAAACACAAGAAAAAAAAUAAAAUAAAAAAUGUAGUACUCAAAUGCGUUUUAUCUUUUCUCUUUUUUGAUAGCUUAGUACUCCAUACAUGUUUGGAAACCUCAACAAGUUGUAUUUACGUGUUCAUAGACUAUGUACGAUUUAACCUUUACAUACCUUGUUCUUUAUACAGAUUCUUUUUUUAA